AUGGAGCUCGAGACGGAUAAUAGCGAGGUUGUUCAGAUAUUCAACAACAAUUCUGAAGCCUUGGUGGGCUAUACUUUGGCUUCUACGUUCCAAGAGCUCUGUACUAGAGAUUCGGUUUUUAGAGUUGGACAUAUUUGCCGAGAUCAAAAUUGCAUUGCUGAUAGAUUAAUAGUUAUGGGACGAGGUGCCCCUAUUGGUUCCACGUUUUUCGCAGACCCUCCCGAUGAGACUAUCACACUUCUGCAUAAGGAAAAAAAUCUAUUGAAGAAAAAGGAGGUAACACUUGCAUCGGUCACUUUUUAUGCCAAUGGACUUCCAGAUGGGGCUGAAUUGGCGUACUUUAUCAAAGGACAGACUUUUACCCUGACGUACCUUGAAGGCUACAAACAGGGGAACGGUAUAGUCUGUGAAUGUUGUGAGAGAGAGCUUAGCCCUUCACAGUUUGAAGCACAUGCUGGAUUGGCUGACAGAAGGCGACCGUAUCAUAACAUCUAUACAUCUAAUGGACUGACGCUUCAUGAUAUAGCCUUGUCAUUGGCAAACGGACAACGCAUUACAAUUGGUUGCAGUAAUGAUAUUUGUGCAAUUUGUGGAAAUUCUGGAGAUCUGCUUCUUUGUCAUGAAUGUCAUCUGGCUUUUCAUACUGCUUGUUUGAAAAUAGAGCACCUUCCAGAAGAUGACUGGCUUUGUGCAAAUUGUUCUGAUAAAAAGGGUCUUGGUAGGAAAGAUGCCUCAGGAGAAGCUUCAAGGAUAGUGAGGCCAAUUGUGAUACGACUGACAAGAGUUGUUAAAGCACCAGAAUUUGAAAUUGGUGGUUGUGCUGUUUGCAGGUUGGGUACCUCUGUAUUUUUUUCGUAUCAUUCUGGUAUUUUGUCUCUAAGCAUAUCUAUAUUCUUAGAAUACGAGCUUCAUUGUGUGAUUAAUCCUCCAAUGGAUUCAUUUGUAUGA